AUGAAACUUCAAUUCACUCUAAUUGGAGCAUUCGCGGCCCUCGGCCAGACUGCCUUUGACACCAGUUCGAAUUCUACGGAUUUCAGCUGGGUUUCAACCCCACCUUCGAAAGAGCUGAAGUAUUACGACUGUUACGGAAGCUUUCAAUGCGCUCGACUGCAAGUUCCGCUUGACUGGCCCAACCCGAACUUGAAGACAAACACGACGGUUGCUGUCGCCAUAAUAAAGCUUCCGGCCACAGUUUCCGAGGGCGACAAAACAUUCGGUGGAAGUGUCCUGAUCAACCCUGGAGGCCCCGGAGAUUCUGGCACAGACUUGCUGCUUCGUUCAGGUAGCAGGUUCCAGAGCCUUUUGGCUGGUGAACGCAACUAUGAGAUUAUUGGCUUCGACCCUCGGGGUGUGAAUCUGACUACACCUCAUGGGGAUUGCUACAAAGGCGAUGAACUCUCUCGGAAGCUAGACCAAGAGCGCAACACAGGUCUCAGUCCUAUCACGGAGGAUUUGAAUGCUCUCAACUAUCACUAUGCAUCUGCUUCAGGAAAAAGUGAGCUUUGUGAGGUUGAUGGCGUCGAUGGUAUUUGGAGUCACCUCAAUACCGCGUCAGUUGCUAGAGAUAUGGUUGAGAUUAUCGACCGUAUCGACGACCUUCGCUGGCACAACCGCAACUUAACAAAACCGGCGGAUACUCCGAAGCCCAGACUGCAGUACAUCGGCAUAUCGUAUGGAUCUUUCCUGGGAAACACAUUCGCUUCCAUGUUCCCUGAGCGGGUGGGACGAAUCAUGGUCGACGGAAUCGUGGAUGCCGAGGAUUACACGAAAGUUACUUGGCAGAAAAAUCUCAACGAUGCCGAGAUCGUUCUUCAGUAUUUCUACCAAAUUUGCUAUGACUCUGGCGACGGCUGUCCAAUUCGAUUGUCAUCAGACAAGGAAGCUGCCGAUAUAAAGAGCCGUAUUGACACGUUUCUCAACGCUCUCGACCUCCGCCCAAUCUCAGUGGUACACGGCGGCAAAAUUGAUUUGAUUACAUCACCUGCUGUUCGGCUUCUCAUCUUGACUCUAAUCUACCAAACCGCUAGAUUUGAGCUACUUGCCCUUGGCCUCGGAGCCCUAAUUACUGGCGAAUACGUUUCAUUUCUUGACAUAAUAUCGGGUGACGCCCCUGAAAUCACUUGUGGCGGCACCGCAUCCCACGACGAGGCGCCUCCCUAUACCUGGUCCGAAGAUGUAGCAUACGGUAUUGUUUGCAGCGAUGCUGUUGACGGUGUAGCAGAUCGCAAACUCUCAGUCUCCGACGACUUGGUGCGCAUACUCGACACACAAGCUCCAACAACCGGCGUCGCGUGGGGUGACCGUGUCAUCGCGUGCGCCGACCGCAAGAUUCGGCCACCCUACACCUUCACUGGACCUUUCGAUACCUUACUCGCGUACAAUGACCUCGAUGACGUACCUUCAACGUUGGGAAUGCCCCAGCUCCACGACGGCCUUUCCAAGAAUACGACGAUACCCAGUGUAAGCGGCGGCAUUCUAUGGGAAGACUCAGUGAACAAGCGAUUGUUCCUUUACGGGGGUGAAUACUACGAGGAGCCACCGGCCGCCUUCGUUCUCUACAGCUACGAUAUCCUCUACAACAAUUGGGCGUCACUUGGGUCUCCCACUGGCGCUGGAAACGCCAAUGCAGCUAGUUAUGGCGCCGGAGUCUCGAUCUCAUCAAGAGGAGAGGCGUAUUACUACGGGGGGUGGCAGAGCAACGCAUCUGUUCCAGGAUGGACAGGUCCGCCGAAGGCCACGAGCAGACUUGUAAAGUACGACAUGGACAAGAACUCUUGGAAUAGCGUCGCAGGCCCCGACAACGUCGGCAGGGCGGAAGGCGUAAUGGUCUUCAUUCCAAUCGGAGAUGCUGGAAUGCUGGUCUACUUCGGUGGCUGUCAAGACCUGGACGGCAAUGGGACCCUGACACCACAACCCAUGGAUGAGAUCUUUCUGUACGACGUCGCGAAUACGAAGUGGUACACGCAGAAAACUUCCGGUCGUACUCCCGAAAUACGGAGGCGUUUCUGUGGCGGUGCGACCUGGGCCCAAGACCAGUCCAGCUACAACAUUUACAUCUUCGGCGGCGCAGGGUUCCCUCCAGACACUACAGGAUACGACGAUAUCUACAUCCUCACCAUCCCCAGCUUUCAGUGGAUCCGAGGUCCAUACCCGGCGAAUAGCAACGUCACGGGGGAAUUCCCCAAAAGCAUGAUGAGCUGCAACGUGGUCGAUAACUCACAAAUGCUUGUCAUUGGAGGUUCCUAUUCCAACGACACAACUUACUCAUGCGAUGCUGACAAUGUCUGGGGCACACACAACAUGAACCUAGGGCAAGAUAACGAUGAGAAUGCUAUCUGGCUGCGUUACCUGCCUAGUCUGACCACUUACGCUGUACCCACAGACAUUUUGACAGCUGUAGGUGGCCGUGACGGCGGCGGCGCGACACGGACGGCGCCGACCAGCGGCUUCGAUGCCCCAGACCUCUCCGUCCUCAUGACACGCAAGGCGACGCCGGCAACUAGAACGCCAACGCGCCCUGUCAGCUUCGCUACCUCCUCUUCGUCAAACCCUAGCACUCCAUCUUCUGGGCUGAGCAAGGGGGCCAUAGCAGGCAUUGCGGUUGGUUGUGGCGUGGCUCUCAUGCUAGUGCUGGCGGGAUGCUUCUGUUUCAUCCGUCGCCGGCGGACGUAUUCCAGGAAGAGACACGCCUCCGCACUUGCUCCAGGGGCAGGAAUGUCAAUGGCGUAUCACCAUGGUCAAGCUCAUCAGGGGCCGAUGUAUGGCGGCUGGGGCAAUACGCAGGUGUCAUCGCCGACGAUGACAGCUACCUCACCUGCAUUACCGCCUGCUGAACUUGGAAAUGGAGCCGAGUUGCAGUAUCCCAACUCCAGCAUCAGUCCUACGAGCGGCAAACAUGACGUUGCCUACGGAGGGCCAUCACCCGUUAUGCCCAACGAGAGAGCAACCUAG